UAACAAAAUGGAGUCUAAAGAGGAGAUCGCCAAAUUUAUUAAAUCAGAAGACGGAGGGAAAACGGAAGUUCAUCAAGAAAAAACUGCUGCGGAACAUAAUCAGCGAUGGCGAAAUUUGGCGAUAGUACUAAUGAUUCUAAAUCUAUUACUUUUAAUUAUCGCUUUGACUGUUGUUAUUGUGUGGCAAAACGAUCGCAACGAAAGACAACUCGUGCCGAGUCCUGAAGCCCUGUGCCUUCCAUGUGGCGAUCUUUCUCUCCAUAAGGACGAUGACAGCUACAAUCUGGUGAAUUUCUCGGAAACUGUCGAUACUAAAGGACAAAGGGUUUGUUGUGCAAACUCCCAAGAUACACUCCAAAGCUUAGUGAACCUUUUUGUAACAAGAAAAUACAGGGAAGAUAGAGCGAGAAGUCCACAGUUCGAGAUUAAUUGUGCACAAAGUUCCCGUUAUGAUGAUGAAAAGAAAAAUUUUGCAGCAAGAGUUGUCAACGUAAAGCGGAUAGAAACCUUACAAAAAAAAGAGAAUAUAUUAUGGGAUUUUGAUGAUCCUCAUUCCUUCAUUAACAAUGGAAUUACAUACAACCCAGACACAGGAAGGUUUAAUGUUUCCAAGAAAGGAUUUUACUACAUUUAUAGCCAAGUAACAUUUCUUAUGAACACCACAAUGGAUGAAGGGGAUACCAGGGCGAUGUACAUGUCUUUAUCCCACUUUAUCUAUCACCAGAGAGCAAACAUGAAAAAUCACCCUCCCGAAAAAUUCCUCGAAAGUUCGCAAUCAAAGUGUGAGCUCCAGUCUGAUCUAAAAGCCAGCAAUAGCACGAGUUAUAUCGGCGCUGUUUUCUAUUUAGAAAAAGGGACGGAAGUGAUGGUACGAGUUACAUACCCUGAACGAUUGACAGAAUCUUGUUAUAGUAACUAUUUUGGUCUUCACAUGAUUUAAUGAUUGAAAAACAAAAACAAAAGAGUAAAUCUAAAAAUUCCAUAAAACAUGUGCCAAACGUAUAUAUCUUUCACAGUUAAAUAACUUUCGCACGAGUGUUGAAUGUGUGAAAAUCAUAAACUCAUACUGUACAUAUAUUAAGUGAAAGUGACAUUGUAUGCUCGUUUUGCUGUUCUGCAUUAAUAUUUUUGAUAUUUUCUGUAUAUCUUUUUUAUUUCAUGAUCUUUUACCAUUUAAUUUCCUGAAAUGCAUUAAAAAAAAUUGGCAGCACAUAAAACAAAAAUUUAA